AUUAAAUCGGCAAUAGCAGUUCAUGCCAUUUUCAACAACCACCAAAUCGAUUUUAAAAAUAUCAAAAUAUUGCAAAAAGGCUUUUCCAACUACAAAGAAAGGAGGGUAGCUGAGGCGUUCCACAUAAUGCUUAAUCCUACUUCUCUCAAUAGAAAAGAAGGCCUUACCAUACACCCUACGUGGACCAUCUAUCCUAACCAUUCAGUCUGAUCGUAUUUACAAUUUCACACUUUCAUAUUACAAAUUUAAACUCUAUCCUUUCUUACCAUAAAGGUCACACAAGUUUUCAUUCUUAAACAAUGUACAUAUACAUACACACACAAAUUUACAUACUUAUCACUUAUGAAUCAACUUGACAGAAAUGACAUGACAUCAACUUGUUCAGACCUGUUUUUUGAUUGAUCAAAUAUUAUUCUUGCAUUGUUCCGUUGUACUAUUUAAACUUGGAUCAAUUUUAAUUUGGUUAUUUAUUCUCUGAAGAAGUGACUUACACUAAGCCACGAAACGUCAAAAAAUCCAAUUUUCUACUCCUUGGGAUAUUACAAAUAUAUUAUUUUUAUUUAUAACAAUCAACCCAAUGCUCAAUUUAUUCGAAAUUAUCAAAUCAAACCUUGGUAAUGACACCUACAAACUCAUUAAUAACCGUAUCAAAUUAUCCAAGUGUAAAUGCAAUUGGUACAAUCACAGAAUAUUUAAUAAACGGUGUUUACAAGACAACAUCAUCCCUAAAUCUUGUUAUAAAACCUCCAGAACGAUCCUGGAGAUCUAUCCAGACGUCGCAACACGCUUCUCGAAUAUUCUUACGAGAACGCAUUCACAAAUGCACACAUUUACUAGAAAAAUAUCGUGAACGAAUCAAAAACCUUGAUGAUUUACUGAAGCUUUUAAUCCCGAUCGAAUUACAAACCACGAUAUCCAACCUGUUUAUAGAAAGAGAACUCCACUAUUUAAAGUCCUCGAAACACCGACAAAUUAAAAAAAUUCGAAAACAUCAAAGAAAAGAAGAAAGAUAAGAAAACAUCAACAAUAAAAUACAAUUUGAAUGAUCUAAGAACAGUUCAUAAUCUCUCCAACAGAAACUUAAACAGUCACGAAAUCACUCUACUAGAGAAGGGAUUAAACUUCAAUUUACACAGAAAACCACUUAGCACUCUUGAAAUCGCUCCGAUUAUAGAACCUAUGAUCGCACAACUACCGGAAAAAGAGUCGCAUUUACUACGUCAAAAGACAUCCCAUAUUCUGACGAAACAAAAACACAUUACCCCAAACAUUUCAAAAGAAGAAUUGAAGGCUCUGAAUUCACUUAAAAAAGACAAAACAAUUAUCAUCACUAAAGCCGACAAAGGCAACACAACAGUAAUCAUGAAUAAAACAGAUUAUAUUAAUAAAGCUCUUGAACAUCUCUCAACAGGACCUUAUGAAAAGAUCAAUCCAAAAACUUCUCUAACGAUUAAGAAUAAAGUCAAAUUAGAAACAAAUCAACUUCUGAACGAGCUAAAACCAAUCAUUGGGGUCCCGCUUUGGUUUGCUUUGCAUCCCAAAUCAUGUAAUGUCUCACGGUUUUAUGGCUUACCAAAAAUUCAUAAACCAGAUAUUCCUUUAAGACCAAUAGUAGACUUCACAAACACCCCAACAUAUGCACUAUCGAAAUAUUUAAGCAAUAUAUUAAAACCAUUACAACUCAACUUACAUAAUAUAAUUAAAGACACAUAUGACUUUAAAUCAAAAUUAUCCGGAUUAAUCAUCGAGAAGAAUGAAAUCAUGGUAAGCUUUGAUGUCGUUUCUUUAUACACAAGUGUUCCCAUUGAUAAAUGCUUAGAAUUCAUUAAGGGUUUACUUGAGAACGACAAUACUCUUCCUGACAGAUGUCCGUUGAGCAUCAGUCUAAUCAUGAAAUCAUUAAAACUUUGCUUAAAUUCAACGCUAUUUACUUUUAACGGUAUUUUAUUCAAACAAACUAACGGAGUAGCAAUGGGAUCCCCCGUGUCCUCGAUUGUAGCCAACCUUUUUAUGGCAUACAUAGAAUCAAAUAUCUUCGCCCACAACAUUAUACCACGAAUUUGGCUUAGAUAUGUAGACGAUACAUUUGUGGUUAUAAAAAAGACUCAUCUAAGAUCUUUUUCAAAACGAAUUAAUACACUCUCAUCGCAAAUCAAAUUCACCAAUGAAAAUGAAAAUGCUCAUGGUGAGCUACCAUUCUUGGAUUGCUUAGUAAAAAGAAAUCCAAAUGGAAGUCUAAACUUAUCCAUUUAUCGAAAGCCGACGCAUUCAAAUCGUUAUAUUGACUUCCAUUCAGCACAUCCUUUCAGUGCUAAGAUCUCGCUAGCCUUAAAUCUUUUUAGAAGAGCUAACAAGAUCAUCACAUCAGAGGAAGACAAACAAAAAGAACAAAUGAAUAUAAUUAGCACCUUACAAUUUAAUAAUUUUCCUAUGAAGAUUAUUAGAAGCAUAUUAAAACAAAACAAUUUAUUACAUUAUAAUAAGGUUUCGAAUGAAAUGCCAUGGAUUGGUACUGUAGUUCUACCAUACCGUCAUGGCACAACAGAAGAAAUUCAAAGAAUCUUAAAACACCACAGAAUUAAAGUGUAUUACAAAACAACGAACACACUACGUAAUACUUUAGUUCGCCUGAAAGAAAAAAUCCCUUUCUUGUCCACACAGAACUGCGUUUACAAAUUAGGUUGUAUCGAUUGUGAUGCCUAUUAUAUUGGAGAGUCAUCCCGCGAAAUCGUGACUAGAGCCAAAGAACAUAUUAGGUACACAAAGAAACCUCCUAACAAUCCGGUAGAAUUGAACCAACUUCAAAUUAAAUCGGCAAUAGCAGUUCAUGCCAUUUUCAACAACCACCAAAUCGAUUUUAAAAAUAUCAAAAUAUUGCAAAAAGGCUUUUCCAACUACAAAGAAAGGAGGGUAGCUGAGGCGUUCCACAUAAUGCUUAAUCCUACUUCUCUCAAUAGAAAAGAAGGCCUUACCAUACACCCUACGUGGACCAUCUAUCCUAACCAUUCAGUCUGAUCGUAUUUACAAUUUCACACUUUCAUAUUACAAAUUUAAACUCUAUCCUUUCUUACCAUAAAGGUCACACAAGUUUUCAUUCUUAAACAAUGUACAUAUACAUACACACACAAAUUUACAUACUUAUCACUUAUGAAUCAACUUGACAGAAAUGACAUGACAUCAACUUGUUCAGACCUGUUUUUUGAUUGAUCAAAUAUUAUUCUUGCAUUGUUCCG